AUGGAAGCAGAUAACGAUAUUAGUGAUACAGAAGUAAAUUCAUUUGGUGAAGAAGAUGAUUUGAUAAUUAGUAGGUUUUUGAAUUUAGAUGAAGAUAGUUUGGAAGAGGAUUCAGCGGAGGAAGAAGAUAAUCAAAAUUUAGUUGAAAAAGAAAAAGAGACUGACAUAGAGUGGGAUCCAAUUGCAGCUGCUGAUGAUAUA